AUGAAGGGGAACCUGAUUUCAUGGCUAGUGGAGACUGGCUUGAUUGCUGGAAAAAAAAGAUAUGGGUUAAGGCAGCUCAGUAUAUGUGGUGAAAAAUUAUCGGCAAAUCAGGAAGGGUUUCUGAAAUUUAAAGCAAAUUUUCAUUGUCUCAUCGAAAAUGAAGGAUUAUCAUGUGAGCAGAUAUAUAACUGCGAUGAGACAGGCUUAAACUAUAAAAUGUUGCCUUCAAAAACUCUAGCUUCCUGGGCUGAAGCUUCAGCUCCUGGGUAUAAACGAAGUAAAGAAAGAGUGCCGAUUCUAGCCUGUACUAAUGCUACUGGUAACCACAAACUAAGACUCACAUUUAUUGGAAAGGCAAAAAACCCACGAGCUUUCAAAAACAUAUCACCUAGUGCUCUACCAGUUUCGUACAAGAAUCAGAGGAAUGCAUGGAUGGAUUCAGCAAUUUUCCGAGGCUGGUUUUUCAAUGAAUUUCUUCCUUCAGUAGAACAUUUUUUGAAUUUGCUAAACCUACCAAGGAAAGCAAUCCUUGUCAUUAAUAAUGUGCCAUCUCAUCCUCAUGAGGAUGAACUGAUCAGUGGGGACAUUAGAGUGAUUUUUCUUCCUCCUAACAUCACCUCGUUAUGUCAGCCUAUGGAUCAGAGUGUGCUUGAAGCGUUAAAGAAAAAAUAUUGUUGUAAGCUCUUAACUAUUGUCAUUGAAGCGAUAGACGAUGGAAAUGGCAUGAUAGAUAAGCUAAGGACAGUGAACAUAAAAGAUGUUAUUUAUUGGAUCGCACAAUCAUGGGAAGAGAUUGUACCACAAACUCUGGCAAGAUCAUGGAGAAAGUUACUUCCGAAAGAUGAAAACACACAAGAAAUGGUGCAAGAAAAUUGGGAUAACCUGCUACCUUUGUUACAACAAAUUCCAGGCUGUGAGAAGGUGAAUGAUGAUGAUAUACAGGAAUGGAUGGAGAAAGACGAGCAACAAGAACUGACUGACCGUGACAUAAUAGCUCUGGUGAAUCGGGAUGACAAUGACAAUGAAGAUGAAGGUACAAAUGACAAUGACAAAUCAGAGAGAAUUAGUCAUAGUGAAGGGGUCAAGACUCUCGAGGCAGCACUGGCUUACAUUGAAUAA